AGGUUAUGUUCGUGUUAUAAAACGUUUCAGAGCUUGGUCUAUUGGGGGACAAACCGUGUCUUGUUUUGGUUUAGAUAAUAUUCUUAAUUAAUUCAUAAUUAAUUUAUUUAAAUAAAAAUGGGAGACGUCAACAUAAUCGACAAGUCUAUGAGAUCUGUGUUUGUUGGAAACAUUCCAUACGAAGCGACAGAGGAAAAGUUGAAAGAUAUAUUCAAUGAAGUUGGCCCCGUUUUAUCAUUCAAACUUGUAUAUGACAGGGAGACAGGGAAGCCGAAAGGUUACGGCUUCUGCGAAUACAAGGACCAAGAGACGGCGCUGAGCGCCAUGAGGAAUCUCAACGGUUAUGAGAUCGGUGGAAGGGCUCUUAGGGUUGAUAAUGCCUGUACUGAAAAAUCCAGGCUAGAAAUGCAAAGCUUGUUGGCUGGACCACCUGUAGACAACACAUACGGCGAAGCUGUCGAAUCGGACAAAGCCCCAGAGGUGAUAAGCAAAGCCGUCGCUUCAUUACCUCCUGAGCAAAUGUUCGAAUUGAUGAAACAGAUGAAGCUUUGCAUACAGAAUAACCCUGCUGAGGGUAAGGCAAUGCUUCUCCAGAACCCUCAACUUGCAUAUGCCCUUCUCCAGGCUCAAGUCGUUAUGAGAAUAGUCGAUCCACAAAUUGCUAUUACGAUGCUCCAUAAAUCAAACCCUCAAGUUGCUCCACUGGUAGCACCGACGGAAUCUAGGCCAAUGCCUGUCCAGCCGCCAGUAACUACUGUUGCUUCAGUACCAAGUGCCGUCCUACCUCCACAAAGGCAAAUAGAUGUCAAUCCUGUUGCAAAUGAUUGGGGCGCCCCGGCAACAAGGGCGAACACUAACCACACGAUGGGCCACCCGCCUCCUGUCAUUAACACGCAUGUCCAACAGCCAGCUCCGUUUAUGGGUGAUAUGGAUAUGAGGUCAUUAGAUCCCAGAGCUGCAGUAGCGGCUCAAAGAAAUGCUGCUCCUCAAGACCAGGAUUUGAGAAUACCACCUAUGGUUCCAGCACCCCAACCACAAAUACCUCCCUUCCAACCAGAUCAUGGCACCAGAGACCCAAGAUAUAUAAGAGAUCCUCGAACAGCAGCUCCUCCAAAUAUUCCAAGAGGUGUUUCACAGCCGGUCCCUCCUCCGAGGCCUGUAGCACCUCCAGUUUCAGUACCUGUCAACACGCCCAGCUUGACUGGGGCAAUUCCUACAGGAGCUUCCGACCAAGAGAAGGCUGCACUUAUCAUGCAAGUUUUACAACUUUCUGACGAGCAGAUUGCUAUGCUUCCUCCUGAACAGAGGCAGAGCAUUAUCGUCCUGAAGGAACAAAUCGCAAAGAGCACCCAACGUUGAAGCGGCCCCAAUCGUUUCUAUUUCACCCACGUUUAUAUAUUGGAACUUAUUUUAUCAACUUUCUCUAUGUAAACAUUUUCACGUAGUUUUUAAAUUAAAAAUUAAUGGAAUAAAUGUUCAGUUUUUAUAAUAAAA